CCCCUUCCCCCCAGUGUCCCCAGUCCAACCGUCAAGAUUCCGUCCCCGGACUUAAACGCAUCCAUCCCCACUCAACCACCCCGUUCAGCUCACCUUUUGGUCGACCUGAACUUCAGCACCGCUUUGAAUAGCAUCAGCUCAAGUCCUCUCAACACCGCCAACAUUUCAGGCCAAGACUUUCUAGUCUCAACCACGGAUUCCCAGUCAUCAUGGCUUCCCUCCACGCAACCCAGCCUGCCGGCACUAUCCGCGCACCAGUUCCAGAGUCCCGAAACACAGCAUCAGGAUUUUGUCUUGUUCGAUCAGCCCCCUAAUCGGCCAACUACAUCGCUGUCAAACCAGCGUCGUCACUCGUCUUAUCUGCACAAACGUCGUCAACAGCCCGCUUCCCCCGCUGUCCAGAAUCAACGAGUAGCCCAAUUGCUCAAGGCUAUCGGUAACACCUCGUCUCCUGUCAACCGCCCCGCGAAUCAGUUUUACGCUUCUUCGGCCCCUUCGUCGUCCACCACCUUGCUACAGCAGAACACAUCUGCCAGGCCUCCUGUUCCUCUUUUUUCCCAGAGUACCGGAAGUAUCCAACAAACCGCCAAGAUGAUGAACGCCGCAGGUUUGUCUCCCACAUGUUCAUCUGAUUGCUCUAGCUCACCAUGUUUAGACGUCGAACUCGAAGAGUUCACUGCCUUUGAGGGCGGGGCCAACACGGCCUUCUCCUCGCCUGCCGUCCCUAGCGUCUUUGACCUGGGUGGCAGUGCAACCAGCUCCAUCUCCAACCUGGCGACUGUGUCGCCCCACGAUCUGCUCUUCCAGGAGCCAUUCAUGUCCGCACCUAACUCGUCGGCUCUCACGGCGCUGACUUCGCCGUCCAUCCACAACGAGUCUCCUGACUUUGACGGAUAUGAUGUGUCUCCCAACUUUGGCAAUGCCGACUUUGACACCUCUGGUGAUCCCUGGUACCCUCUGUUCCCUCAAGAUGUGUCUGCUCUUGAGAAGGCCAGUGUGGAAAACUCACCAGCGACCAAGUCGGAUGAUCUGGAGUCGGUUGGUCGUUCCUCGUCUUCCGACCGCCGGAAGUCGGGUACUUCUCCCUCGACUCGCCACUCCUCGGUGGCGGGAGUGAACGCUCGCAAGCGUGACAAGCCUCUCCCUCCCAUUGUUGUGGAUGAUCCCAACGAUACUGUUGCCAUGAAGCGUGCUCGCAACACCCUGGCGGCGCGAAAGUCUCGUGAGCGCAAGGCUCAGCGACUGGAAGAUCUUGAGGCCAAGAUUGCGAGGCUGGAAGCGGAGCGUGACCACUGGAAGUCGCUCGCGCUUGCGUCUGGUGCGCAAUAG